GUUACAUGCUGCUCUCCACGCAAGUCUGUGGUCAUUGAACGACACAUAGCCAGGGCUGCUCCGCACCGAGGGCUAGACGUGCGGUACCGGUCCACCCUGUGGUUGAACACAUCGGCAGAGGGGAGGCGGCGUGGAAGUCGAGGAGGGUGACCAUGCAGCGCAUCCUGAAUCAGGGGACCCUUCGGCGUCUGGCGGCAGCACGCCCCCUACUGGCGGGCGUCGCCGUCCCCGAACCAACGGCGGCGUUUUGCUGCUGCGUCCUCCGCCCGGCGCCCGCCGGCCGCCGCUGGCUGUCGUCCUCGGCCCCCGGCAAGGCGAAACACCAGGAGCCGCCGUCCGGCUCCACGCCACACGCUCAGGAGGUCCAGACGAAGGACGCCCGGCCUGAAGUGGUGGAGGAGCUGGACCCCCUGCAGGACAAUUCCAUUGGUUUAGUCCAGAGGUUCAAGAGGACCUUCAAACAGUACGGGAAGGUGAUGAUCCCUGUGCACCUCGUCACGUCCUCAGUCUGGUUAGGAACCUUCUACUACGCUGCUAUGAAAGGUGUGAAUGUGGUGCCCUUCCUGGAGAUGGUCGGUCUCCCCGAGUCGCUGGUCGGCGCUUUGAGAGACUCGACGAGUGGCUAUGCGCUCACGGCGUACGCCAUGUACAAGAUCGCGACCCCCGCUCGCUACACGGUGACCCUGGGCGGCACGUCGCUGUCCGUGCAGUACCUCCGCAAGCACGGCUACCUGUCCACGCCGCCGCCGGUCAAAGAGUACAUCCAGGACCGCAUGGAGGAGACCAAGGAGAAGCUGUCGGGCAAGAUGGAGGAGACCAAGGAGAGGUUCUCGGAGCGAAUGGAGGAAACCAAAGAACUCUUCUCCGAGAAAAUGGAAGUGACGAAGGACAAGCUCUCCGAGAAGCUGCAGGAGACCAAAGACAGAGUCACGGAGGGCAAGUCGUUUUUUAGGAAGAAGAAAGAGUGAGGCGUCCCGAUUGGUCGGUGGGGGGGCGGCGGCGGCGAGCGGCACUUGUCAGACUUUUCUGAGAGAAGAGAGACGUCCCCUAAACAUGUCCCCUAAACAUUUCAAGUUGUCAACCGUCUGUCUGACGUCGGCUCGGCGGACCGAUCCGAUCUCGUCCGGCUCGGUCCGGAUCUCGAGUGAUUCGGGGGCCAGAAGAAAAGAAGAAGAGGAGCUGCGUUCUUAUUUCUCUUGACACAGAUGCAUGACGGAGACGAGCGGCGUGUGAGCGGAGAGAUUAAAGAUCAAUAAAUACUAAUAAACGUGUUUGGGAGAGAGCGGUA